AUGCCUACGAGGUCCAAAGCCCGCAAGGAAGAGCCCCAGGAGGCCGUCGCCGCCGCCGCCGACGUCGCCAUGGAGGACGUCCCUACCUCUGCGCAGCCCGACGAGGGCGAGGAUGUGGAUGUGGAUGCCGACGAGGCAGAUGAGGACGAGGAUCAGGAGGAGCCGGAGGCGCAGCGGGUGAAGCUCUUGCCCGGGUCGACUGCGACUGCUGCCUCUUUCGAGUUUCUCGACGAGGGCCACACCCUUGGCAAUGCGUUGAGAUACAUCAUCAUGAAAAACCCUGAUGUCGAGUUCUGUGCCUAUGCUAUCCCGCAUCCUUCAGAACCAAAGAUGAAUGUCAGAAUUCAGACCUAUGAGGGCACAACGGCAAUUCAGGCACUGGAGAAGGGGCUAAGGGACCUGCAAGACCUUUGCGAUGUGGUUGCUGAUAAGUACGCGGUCUCACGUGAAGAGUUCACCAACGAGAUGCAGGCGUAA